AUGUCGUCGCAGAACCAGCAGCAUGACACAACCGUCUGGAUCUGGCCGACGGGCCUGUUCCCUCGCCGGAUCGUAUACUACCUUCGCGCAAAGAACAUCACGUCUUUGAUGCUUCAAGAGAAGAACAUACAUCUUAUCCCCAUCUUUCUUGACAAAGAUCCGCCGACGCCAGACCUCGUCCCCCACACCGGCCUCGAAGCCCGUCCUACCGGAACGUCGGUGCCGGCAUUGCGUAUCACACAUGCCGAUGGCACGGUCUUCUGGAUAUACGAGUCGAAUGCGAUCAUGGAGUACUUCGAAGAAGUCUUCAGCGUGGACAAUGGGUAUCUGGACGUAAGGGGUGCAACCAUACAACAACGAGCUCGGACGAGAGACAUCUUGAGUCUGCUCUCCGAUGCCAUCACUUGGAGCAACGUUGCGCUUGUACAUUCGGAUCCGAACACGUUGUCCUGGUCGGGCUUGACGGAGGAUGAGAUGAGUGAGAGUGCGGCAAAGCAUGCGCAUGGCAAGCUUCACAUGCUUCUGUCGCGGUUGGAAGCUCGGAUACAAGGAGACGUGGUUGGCAACAAGAGCCAGAGCUUGAGUGGUGAUGGCGCACACGUCACAUUAGCGGACAUUUGUGUCAUGGCCCAGGUGAAGUAUAUGCAGGAGAUGUAUGGUCUCGAUUGGGUGGCCGAACAUGGGGUGUUGAGGGUCUGGUAUGAUAGAAGUAAGGCACAGAGUUGGGUUCCCAGUAGGAGUGCGCUACAGGAAGUUGAGGAAACCGGGGAUUGGACCGGGAUGCUUGGCAUGUAA